CCUCUGCCGUGAGUCGAGACUCGCCAACGUGUUAGACAUGCAGCUGGCUGUAGCACUCGUCUGCGCUCUCUGCCUUAGUGCGAUCGGCCCCAGCGAUCAGUUCCGCCUGCCUUGGACCAAGAGCCGACAAGGGUCCUUCGAGGACUUUGAGAGGGAGACAGGCCUCUCCCAACUCGGAGAUCCCGUGAGCGUGAACAGAGAAAUCGUCUACGUCGGCAUACCAGACAGGUCAGAAGGCGCCAAGUUCGCGGCGUACCAAGAGGCUGCAGGAAAUCCGAAGGAUGAAGUGGAGGAGCCGCUGUUGAAGAAGACGAAUUUCGUCUACGGCCCCGAUCAUGAGGACAACAUCCGUCCAGCGGAGCCACCACUGGAACAGCCCGCCGACGGCGAGUAUCCGGUACCUCCUGAUGAUGCGGACAUCUCAGACACGUCGAGGCGUGCCUCCAUACCAGAGUGGUGGUUAACCAACCCCGACAGACGGAGCUAUAUACAUGAAGCUCGGUCUGAGGAAUCUGAGGAUGAUUUACAACCCUAGUGCACACCUGGCACAUAAUUGACAUUUGUGAAGCAACAGCAAGAGACACAGCCAGUACACAAAAGGUGACAAUAUGAAAUGUACAAACAUAGAAAUAACGUUACAAAUAUAGAAAUAAAAGAAGAAUUUUACUAAAAAUUGCCUUGGUCCAAUAAAAAUUUUAAAAUAUA